AUGCUUUCCCGGUCUGUAGUGGAAUGGGGAUCCGAGGAUGUGCUGCUUGGGGGUGAGAACCCAGAAGCCGGACAAUAUGGAUUGAAUGAGCGGCCGAUAUUCAUCGACACGAUCCAAGUCCUCGACCUCCCCUCGAAACAUCUUCCCGAGACAGGCAAGAACCGACACCCGGGCCGAUUGGUUAUCGUCGGUGAUGUACAUGGGAUGAAGAACGAGCUGGUGAAUUUGUUGGAAAAGGUUGAUUUCGAUAAGGAUAAGGAUCAUCUGAUCUUGGCUGGUGAUAUGAUUUCCAAGGGCCCGGACUCGCCGGGCGUGGUAGACCUGGCUAUGAGUUUGGGCGCGACGGGCGUCAGAGGGAACCACGAGGAUAGGAUUAUACUUGCCCAGGCAGAUAUGGUCGCAGACCACCUGACGUCAGAUUUGCCAGGCCCGAACGAGGGAAGAGAAAAGGUAGAAGAUGCUCUUGAGGAAGAGAGUUUCAGCCACGGAGAUUACAAAGACAGGUCAUUGGUCAGGCUGCUGGGCCCGGAGAGAAUGAAGUGGUUGAAGGGCUGCCCAGUCAUUUUGAGGGUAGGCAAGAUUGGGGAUAUGGGAGAGGUGGUCGUUGUUCAUGCAGGCUUAACUCCAAGCGUGGAGUUGGAAAAGCAGAAUCCCGCUAUGGUCAUGAACAUGAGGACUAUGUCAAAGGAUGGCGUGCCAAGUGAUGAAGGCACAGGCACGGUAUGGUUGAAGGUGUGGAACAAAUACCAGAACAAGCUACCCAAAAAUGAGCGGACCACAGUCAUAUAUGGACAUAAUGCGAAACUAGGACUACAGGUCGAAAAGUACAGCAUAGGUCUUGAUACAGGAUGUGUAAAGGGCGGGAGAUUGACGGCUUUGGUUAUCGAGGGUGGUAACACCGAUCAUACAACCAAGCUGGUUCACGUCGAUUGCGCAGACGGGAGAACGAAAUGGAGAAAAUAUAUGUGA